AUGGUGGCAAAUGGCGGGGAAAAGAAGGGACGCGAGAGAACAGCGGGGAGCGGGAACCGGAGCGAGGAGGGGGAGGAGGAUGGGAGAAACGAGCCGGAGAGGAACGAUUCGGGGGAGGUAGAGCAGGCAGGAGGGUUGGACGCGGCGUCGGGAGAGGACGAAGGUGGAGGAGGAGAGGACGGAGGGGAGGAAUACGCGGACGGGAAAGAGGCGGACGGGGAGGAAGCGGAGUACGAAAAUGCUGACGGAAAAUUAGACGGCGACGGAGGCAAGGAAGACGAGGAGGAAGAGGAAGACGGGAAGGAGGACGAUGACGAAGACGGAGACGGAGAAGAGAACGCAGAGGACGACGAGGAAGAGGAGGAGGAAGACGUAGAGGAGGAUGAGGAGGAGGAUGAGGAGGAGUGCGACGAUCAGUCGCCCGUGGAGGAGGUCGCACUGACGGUGGCGACGUUUGACGACCCGUCGCUGCCGUGCCUGACGUGGCGCGUCGUAAUCAUUGGCAGUAUCGUGUGCGCGCUGCUCGCCUUCAUCAACCAAUAUUUCUGGUUCAGGACCCAGUCCAUCAUCAUCAACCCCAUCGCUGCUAUCAUCCUAUCUCUCUACAUGGGUCGCCUCUUAGCGAGGAUAGAGCGCCGCUUCAACCCCGAUGCACUCCCCUUCAGCGUCAAGGAGCAUGUGCUGAUCGGCAUUUUCGCCAACUGCGGUUCAGCCUUUGGCAACGGCAAUGCGUAUGCCAUUGACAUCGUGACCAUCAUGAAGCAAUUCUACGACGUUGUGAGUGCCUCCUGCCCUCCUGCCCCCACGCCCUCCUGCCCCCACGCCCUCCUGCCCCCGCGCCCCCAUUACCCCAUACCUCCAUUGCAACCCACCCCCAUGUCUCUCUGCUUCCACCUCGCUUCUCUGCACUGCACCCUUCUGUGUGCAUGUUCAUGUGCCGCCACCCUUCUGUGUGCAUGUUCAUGUGCCGCCGCCCUUCUGUGUGCAUGUUCAUGUGCUGCCGCCCUUCUGUGUGCAUGUUCAUGUGCCGCCGCCCUUCUGUGUGCAUGUUCAUGUGCCGCCACCCUUCUGUGUGCAUGUUCAUGUGCCGCCACCCUUCUGUGUGCGUGUUCAUGUGCCGCCAACCUUCUGUGUGCAUGUUCAUGUGCCGCCACCCUUCUGUGUGCAUGUUCAUGUGCCGCCGCCCUUCUGUGUGCAUGUUCAUGUGCCGCCGCCCUUCUGUGUGCAUGUUCAUGUGCUGCCGCCCUUCUGUGUGCAUGUUCAUGUGCUGCCGCCCUUCUGUGUGCAUGUUCAUGUGCCGCCGCCCUUCUGUGUGCAUGUUCAUGUGCCGCCACCCUUCUGUGUGCAUGUUCAUGUGCCGCCACCCUUCUGUGUGCAUGUUCAUGUGCCGCCGCCCUUCUGUGUGCAUGUUCAUGUGCCGCCGCCCUUCUGUGUGCAUGUUCAUGUGCUGCCGCCCUUCUGUGUGCAUGUUCAUGUGCCGCCACCCUUCUGUGUGCAUGUUCAUGUGCCGCCGCCCUUCUGUGUGCAUGUUCAUGUGCUGCCGCCCUUCUGUGUGCAUGUUCAUGUGCUGCCGCCCUUCUGUGUGCAUGUUCAUGUGCCGCCACCCUUCUGUGUGCAUGUUCAUGUGCCGCCACCCUUCUGUGUGCAUGUUCAUGUGCCGCCGCCCUUCUGUGUGCAUGUUCAUGUGCCGCCGCCCUUCUGUGUGCAUGUUCAUGUGCUGCCGCCCUUCUGUGUGCAUGUUCAUGUGCUGCCGCCCUUCUGUGUGCAUGUUCAUGUGCUGCCGCCCUUCUGUGUGCAUGUUCAUGUGCUGCCGCCCUUCUGUGUGCAUGUUCAUGUGCUGCCGCCCUUCUGUGUGCAUGUUCAUGUGCCGCCGCCCUUCUGUGUGCAUGUUCAUGUGCCGCCGCCCUUCUGUGUGCAUGUUCAUGUGCUGCCGCCCUUCUGUGUGCAUGUUCAUGUGCCGCCGCCCUUCUGUGUGCAUGUUCAUGUGCUGCCGCCCUUCUGUGUGCAUGUUCAUGUGCCGCCGCCCUUCUGUGUGCAUGUUCAUGUGCCGCCGCCCUUCUGUGUGCAUGUUCAUGUGCCGCCACCCUUCUGUGUGCAUGUUCAUGUGCUGCCGCCCUUCUGUGUGCAUGUUCAUGUGCUGCCGCCCUUCUGUGUGCAUGUUCAUGUGCUGCCGCCCUUCUGUGUGCAUGUUCAUGUGCUGCCGCCCUUCUGUGUGCAUGUUCAUGUGCUGCCGCCCUUCUGUGUGCAUGUUCAUGUGCCGCCCCCCUUCUGUGUGCAUGUUCAUGUGCUGCCGCCCUUCUGUGUGCAUGUUCAUGUGCUGCCGCCCUUCUGUGUGCAUGUUCAUGUGCUGCCGCCCUUCUGUGUGCAUGUUCAUGUGCCGCCGCCCUUCUGUGUGCAUGUUCAUGUGCUGCCGCCCUUCUGUGUGCAUGUUCAUGUGCUGCCGCCCUUCUGUGUGCAUGUUCAUGUGCCGCUGCCCUUCUGUGUGCAUGUUCAUGUGCCGCCGCCCUUCUGUGUGCAUGUUCAUGUGCCGCCACCCUUCUGUGUGCAUGUUCAUGUGCUGCCGCCCUUCUGUGUGCAUGUUCAUGUGCUGCCGCCCUUCUGUGUGCAUGUUCAUGUGCUGCCGCCCUUCUGUGUGCAUGUUCAUGUGCUGCCGCCCUUCUGUGUGCAUGUUCAUGUGCCGCCGCCCUUCUGUGUGCAUGUUCAUGUGCCGCCGCCCUUCUGUGUGCAUGUUCAUGUGCCGCCACCCUUCUGUGUGCAUGUUCAUGUGCCGCCGCCCUUCUGUGUGCAUGUUCAUGUGCUGCCGCCCUUCUGUGUGCAUGUUCAUGUGCUGCCGCCCUUCUGUGUGCAUGUUCAUGUGCUGCCGCCCUUCUGUUCGCAUGUUCAUGUGCUGCCGCCCUUCUGUGUGCAUGUUCAUGUGCUGCCGCCCUUCUGUGUGCAUGUUCAUGUGCUGCCGCCCUUCUGUGUGCAUGUUCAUGUGCUGCCGCCCUUCUGUGUGCAUGUUCAUGUGCUGCCGCCCUUCUGUGUGCAUGUUCAUGUGCCGCCGCCCUUCUGUGUGCAUGUUCAUGUGCCGCCGCCCUUCUGUGUGCAUGUUCAUGUGCUGCCGCCCUUCUGUGUGCAUGUUCAUGUGCUGCCGCCCUUCUGUGUGCAUGUUCAUGUGCUGCCGCCCUUCUGUGUGCAUGUUCAUGUGCUGCCGCCCUUCUGUGUGCAUGUUCAUGUGCUGCCGCCCUUCUGUGUGCAUGUUCAUGUGCCGCCACCCUUCUGUGUGCAUGUUCAUGUGCUGCCGCCCUUCUUUGUGCAUGUUCAUGUGCUGCCGCCCUUCUGUGUGCAUGUUCAUGUGCUGCCGCCCUUCUGUGUGCAUGUUCAUGUGCCGCCGCCCUUCUGUGUGCAUGUUCAUGUGCUGCCGCCCUUCUUUGUGCAUGUUCAUGUGCUGCCGCCCGUCUGUGUGCAUGUUCAUGUGCUGCCGCCCUUCUGUGUGCAUGUUCAUGUGCUGCCGCCCUUCUGUGUGCAUGUUCAUGUGCCGCCGCCCUUCUGUGUGCAUGUUCAUGUGCUGCCGCCCUUCUGUGUGCAUGUUCAUGUGCUGCCGCCCUUCUGUGUGCAUGUUCAUGUGCUGCCGCCCUUCUGUGUGCAUGUUCAUGUGCUGCCGCCCUUCUGUGUGCAUGUUCAUGUGCUGCCGCCCUUCUGUGUGCAUGUUCAUGUGCUGCCGCCCUUCUGUGUGCAUGUUCAUGUGCUGCCGCCCUUCUGUGUGCAUGUUCAUGUGCUGCCGCCCUUCUGUGUGCAUGUUCAUGUGCUGCCGCCCUUCUGUGUGCAUGUUCAUGUGCUGCCGCCCUUCUGUGUGCAUGUUCAUGUGCUGCCGCCCUUCUGUGUGCAUGUUCAUGUGCUGCCGCCCUUCUGUGUGCAUGUUCAUGUGCUGCCGCCCUUCUGUGUGCAUGUUCAUGUGCUGCCGCCCUUCUGUGUGCAUGUUCAUGUGCUGCUGCUCUUCUGUGUGCAUGUUCAUGUGCUGCCGCCCUUCUGUGUGCAUGUUCAUGUGCUGCCGCCCUUCUGUGUGCAUGUUCAUGUGCUGCCGCCCUUCUGUGUGCAUGUUCAUGUGCUGCCGCCCUUCUGUGUGCAUGUUCAUGUGCUGCCGCCCUUCUGUGUGCAUGUUCAUGUGCUGCCGCCCUUCUGUGUGCAUGUUCAUGUGCUGCCGCCCUUCUGUGUGCAUGUUCAUGUGCUGCCGCCCUUCUGUGUGCAUGUUCAUGUGCCGCCGCCCUUCUGUGUGCAUGUUCAUGUGCUGCCGCCCUUCUUUGUGCAUGUUCAUGUGCUGCCGCCCUUCUGUGUGCAUGUUCAUGUGCUGCCGCCCUUCUGUGUGCAUGUUCAUGUGCUGCCGCCCUUCUGUGUGCAUGUUCAUGUGCCGCCGCCCUUCUGUGUGCGUGUUCAUGUGCUGCCGCCCUUCUGUGUGCAUGUUCAUGUGCUGCCGCCCUUCUGUGUGCAUGUUCAUGUGCUGCCGCCCUUCUCUGUGCAUGUUCAUGUGCUGCCGCCCUUCUGUGUGCAUGUUCAUGUGCUGCCGCCCUUCUGUGUGCAUGUUCAUGUGCUGCCGCCCUUCUGUGUGCAUGUUCAUGUGCUGCCGCCCUUCUGUGUGCAUGUUCAUGUGCUGCCGCCCUUCUGUGUGCAUGUUCAUGUGCUGCCGCCCUUCUGUGUGCAUGUUCAUGUGCUGCCGCCCUUCUGUGUGCAUGUUCAUGUGCUGCCGCCCUUCUGUGUGCAUGUUCAUGUGCUGCCGCCCUUCUGUGUGCAUGUUCAUGUGCUGCCGCCCUUCUGUGUGCAUGUUCAUGUGCUGCCGCCCUUCUGUGUGCAUGUUCAUGUGCUGCCGCCCUUCUGUGUGCAUGUUCAUGUGCUGCCGCCCUUCUGUGUGCAUGUUCAUGUGCUGCCGCCCUUCUGUGUGCAUGUUCAUGUGCUGCCGCCCUUCUGUGUGCAUGUUCAUGUGCUGCCGCCCUUCUGUGUGCAUGUUCAUGUGCUGCCGCCCUUCUGUGUGCAUGUUCAUGUGCUGCCGCCCUUCUGUGUGCAUGUUCAUGUGCUGCCACCCUUCUGUGUGCAUGUUCAUGUGCUGCCGCCCUUCUGUGUGCAUGUUCAUGUGCUGCCGCCCUUCUGUGUGCAUGUUCAUGUGCUGCCGCCCUUCUGUGUGCAUGUUCAUGUGCUGCCGCCCUUCUGUGUGCAUGUUCAUGUGCUGCCGCCCUUCUGUGUGCAUGUUCAUGUGCUGCCGCCCUUCUGUGUGCAUGUUCAUGUGCCGCCGCCCUUCUGUGUGCAUGUUCAUGUGCUGCCGCCCUUCUUUGUGCAUGUUCAUGUGCUGCCGCCCUUCUGUGUGCAUGUUCAUGUGCUGCCGCCCUUCUGUGUGCAUGUUCAUGUGCCGCCACCCUUCUGUGUGCAUGUUCAUGUGCCGCCGCCCUUCUGUGUGCAUGUUCAUGUGCUGCCGCCCUUCUGUGUGCAUGUUCAUGUGCUGCCGCCCUUCUGUGUGCAUGUUCAUGUGCUGCCGCCCUUCUGUGUGCAUGUUCAUGUGCUGCCGCCCUUCUGUGUGCAUGUUCAUGUGCCGCCACCCUUCUGUGUGCAUGUUCAUGUGCUGCCGCCCUUCUUUUUGCAUGUUCAUGUGCUGCCGCCCUUCUGUGUGCAUGUUCAUGUGCUGCCGCCCUUCUGUGUGCAUGUUCAUGUGCCGCCGCCCUUCUGUGUGCAUGUUCAUGUGCUGCCGCCCUUCUUUGUGCAUGUUCAUGUGCUGCCGCCCGUCUGUGUGCAUGUUCAUGUGCUGCCGCCCUUCUGUGUGCAUGUUCAUGUGCUGCCGCCCUUCUGUGUGCAUGUUCAUGUGCCGCCGCCCUUCUGUGUGCAUGUUCAUGUGCUGCCGCCCUUCUGUGUGCAUGUUCAUGUGCUGCCGCCCUUCUGUGUGCAUGUUCAUGUGCUGCCGCCCUUCUGUGUGCAUGUUCAUGUGCUGCCGCCCUUCUGUGUGCAUGUUCAUGUGCUGCCGCCCUUCUGUGUGCAUGUUCAUGUGCUGCCGCCCUUCUGUGUGCAUGUUCAUGUGCUGCCGCCCUUCUGUGUGCAUGUUCAUGUGCUGCCGCCCUUCUGUGUGCAUGUUCAUGUGCUGCCGCCCUUCUGUGUGCAUGUUCAUGUGCUGCCGCCCUUCUGUGUGCAUGUUCAUGUGCUGCUGCUCUUCUGUGUGCAUGUUCAUGUGCUGCCGCCCUUCUGUGUGCAUGUUCAUGUGCUGCCGCCCUUCUGUGUGCAUGUUCAUGUGCUGCCGCCCUUCUGUGUGCAUGUUCAUGUGCUGCCGCCCUUCUGUGUGCAUGUUCAUGUGCUGCCGCCCUUCUGUGUGCAUGUUCAUGUGCUGCCGCCCUUCUGUGUGCAUGUUCAUGUGCUGCCGCCCUUCUGUGUGCAUGUUCAUGUGCCGCCGCCCUUCUGUGUGCAUGUUCAUGUGCUGCCGCCCUUCUUUGUGCAUGUUCAUGUGCUGCCGCCCUUCUGUGUGCAUGUUCAUGUGCUGCCGCCCUUCUGUGUGCAUGUUCAUGUGCUGCCGCCCUUCUGUGUGCAUGUUCAUGUGCCGCCGCCCUUCUGUGUGCGUGUUCAUGUGCUGCCGCCCUUCUGUGUGCAUGUUCAUGUGCUGCCGCCCUUCUGUGUGCAUGUUCAUGUGCUGCCGCCCUUCUCUGUGCAUGUUCAUGUGCUGCCGCCCUUCUGUGUGCAUGUUCAUGUGCUGCCGCCCUUCUGUGUGCAUGUUCAUGUGCUGCCGCCCCUCUGUGUGCAUGUUCAUGUGCUGCCGCCCUUCUGUGUGCAUGUUCAUGUGCUGCCGCCCUUCUGUGUGCAUGUUCAUGUGCUGCCGCCCUUCUGUGUGCAUGUUCAUGUGCUGCCGCCCUUCUGUGUGCAUGUUCAUGUGCUGCCGCCCUUCUGUGUGCAUGUUCAUGUGCUGCCGCCCUUCUGUGUGCAUGUUCAUGUGCUGCCGCCCUUCUGUGUGCAUGUUCAUGUGCUGCCGCCCUUCUGUGUGCAUGUUCAUGUGCUGCCGCCCUUCUGUGUGCAUGUUCAUGUGCUGCCGCCCUUCUGUGUGCAUGUUCAUGUGCUGCCGCCCUUCUGUGUGCAUGUUCAUGUGCUGCCGCCCUUCUGUGUGCAUGUUCAUGUGCUGCCGCCCUUCUGUGUGCAUGUUCAUGUGCUGCCGCCCUUCUGUGUGCAUGUUCAUGUGCUGCCACCCUUCUGUGUGCAUGUUCAUGUGCUGCCGCCCUUCUGUGUGCAUGUUCAUGUGCUGCCGCCCUUCUGUGUGCAUGUUCAUGUGCUGCCGCCCUUCUUUGUGCAUGUUCAUGUGCUGCCGCCCUUCUGUGUGCAUGUUCAUGUGCUGCCGCCCUUCUGUGUGCAUGUUCAUGUGCUGCUGCUCUUCUGUGUGCAUGUUCAUGUGCUGCCGCCCUUCUGCGUGCAUGUUCAUGUGCUGCCGCCCUUCUGUGUGCAUGUUCAUGUGCUGCCGCCCUUCUGUGUGCAUGUUCAUGUGCUGCCGCCCUUCUGUGUGCAUGUUCAUGUGCUGCCGCCCUUCUGUGUGCAUGUUCAUGUGUUGCCGCCCUUCUGUGUGCAUGUUCAUGUGCUGCCGCCCUUCUGUGUGCAUGUUCAUGUGCUGCCGCCCUUCUGUGUGCAUGUUCAUGUGCUGCCGCCCUUCUGUGUGCAUGUUCAUGUGCUGCCGCCCUUCUGUGUGCAUGUUCAUGUGCCGCCGCCCUUCUGUGUGCAUGUUCAUGUGCUGUCGCCCUUCUGUGUGCAUGUUCAUGUGCUGCCGCCCUUCUGUAUGCAUGUUCAUGUGCCGCCGCCCUUCUGUGUGCAUGUUCAUGUGCUGCCGCCCUUCUGUGUGCAUGUUCAUGUGCUGCCGCCCUUCUGUGUGCAUGUUCAUGUGCUGCCGCCCUUCUGUGUGCAUGUUCAUGUGCUGCCGCCCUUCUGUGUGCAUGUUCAUGUGCUGCCGCCCUUCUGUGUGCAUGUUCAUGUGCUGCCGCCCUUCUGUGUGCAUGUUCAUGUGCUGCCGCCCUUCUGUGUGCAUGUUCAUGUGCUGCCGCCCUUCUGUGUGCAUGUUCAUGUGCUGCCGCCCUUCUGUGUGCAUGUUCAUGUGCUGCCGCCCUUCAUCAUUUGGCCUUCUUCCCGGCCUUUCUGCUCGUCACCACAACGCAAGUGCUUGGAUACGGGUGGGCGGGCAUGUUCAGACGGUACCUCGUGGUGAGAUUGGCGGGCCUGGGAGCCACAUGUGGUGACCCUCCGUCUAUAUCACUCACUACCAACGCCCCUCCUCCUCCCCCCUCCUCUCCUCUCCCUGUUUUCCACCCGCCCUUGCCCCUCCUCUCCCCCCAUUGCCCCCCAUCGGCCCCACUGCCCCUCAUCAAGAGCCAGCCCACAUGUGGUGGCCCACACACCUGGUCUACAUCUGUCAUUACCGAACCCUCCUCCCCACUCUUCCCCCCUCCUCCCCUCUUCCUACUCCCCACUCCUUUCCCCUCCUCCCCUUUCCCUGCUUCCCACCCUCCCUUGCCCGUCCCGUCUGUCCCCAAACCGUCCCCCACUGCCGCUCAUCAGGAGCCGGCGCACAUGUGGUGGCCACCAGACCUCGUCUACGUCUCCCAUUACUCAUGCCCUCUCUCUCCCCUGCUUCCCACCCUCCCCUCUCCUCCCUGCUUCCGACCCUCCCCUCUCCCCCCUGCUUCCCACCCUCCCCUCUGCCCCCUGCUUCCCACCCUCCCCUCUCCCCCCUGCUCCCCACCCUCCCCUCUCCCCCCUGCUUCCCACCCUCCCCUCUCCCCCCUGCUUCCCACCCUCCCCUCUCCCCCCUGCUUCCCACCCUCCCCUCUCCCCCCUGCUUCACACCCUCCCCUCUCCCCCCUGCUCCCCACCCUCCCCUCUCCCCCCUGCUUCCCACCCUCCCCUCUCCCCCCUGCUCCCCACCCUCCCCUCUCCCCCCUGCUUCCCACCCUCCCCUCUCCCCCCUGCUUCCCACCCUCCCCUCUCCCCCCUGCUUCCCACCCUCCCCUCUGCCCCCUGCUUCCCACCCUCCCCUCUCCCCCCUGCUUCCCACCCUCCCCUCUCGCCCCUGCUUCCCACCCUCCCCUCUCCCCCCUGCUUCCCACCCUCCCCUCUCGCCCCUGCUUCCCACCCUCCCCUCUCCCCCCUGCUUCCCACCCUCCCCUCUCGCCCCUGCUUCCCACCCUCCCCUCUCCCCCCUGCUUCCCACCCUCCCCUCUCGCCCCUGCUUCCCACCCUCCCCUCUCCCCCCCUCCCCUCUCGUCCCUGCUUCCCACCCUCCCCUCUCCCCCCCUCCCCUCUCCCCCCUGCUUCCCACCCUCCCCUCUUCCCCCUCUUAACUCAUCAUCCUCAUGA